AUGUUCUCGAUACGAUUGAACUAUGGUGGAGUUUUUACGAAGUUUCCAGGCCGCAAAUACAUAAAGGGGAAGACGAAAUAUAUUGAUGGCAUUGAUAGUGACUUGUUCUCAGUGCAUGAUAUGGAUGAGAUAAUGGAAUUGCUUGAUUGUGUGGAACCAGGUAAAAGUAUUUACUACCAUUUCAAACGACCAAUCUGGGAUUUAGAUUUUGGGUUGUAUGCUUUGGGCUGUGACGAAGAUAUAAACCACUUUAGGUCAUAUGUUUAUGAACACAAGGUGAUACAAGUGUAUACAAAGUUUUGGGAAACCAAGCUACAUACGUAUCAAAUGUCCCCAAACCCUACAAAGAUAAAGAUACAAAAAAUUCCUGAGUCCCUUUGUCGUAAAAGGUUGUUAUUGACAUGGUCAAAUUCAGGGGAUGAUCCUAGUGAAGAAGCCCUUGUUUUUUAG